UUGAACGAGGCAGAUUCCCACACGACGUCGUUCCAGUCAACAAUAAUUGCCUCAAACCUUCGCCAUUUAAAUUCAGCUACCCCACUCAAAAUCCACGCACAUUUCAUUCCUCCAAUACUAGCGGAACUGACAAGAGGAAGAAGAAGAAGAAAAAAAAACUCAUCGAACCAUUGGCAUAUUCUUCUUAUUAUUAUUAUUACAGAAAAACCCCAGAAAAAUUAAGAAAUUACAUGGGUAGCCAGGGAAGCGAAGAAGUAGGGUCGUUUGUGAAGAAACCCAGAUUUCUCUGCCUCCAUGGAUUCAGAACCAGUGGAGAAAUCAUGAAGAAACAAGUGGGUAAGUGGCCUGAAUCUGUGCUGCAGAAGCUCGACCUUGUUUAUCUUGAUGGGCCUUUUCCGGCCCUAGGUAAAUCUGACGUUGAGGGCAUUUUUGAUCCUCCUUAUUAUGAGUGGUUCCAAUUCAACAAGGAAUUUUCUGAGUACACAAACUUUGACAAGUGUUUGGAAUACAUAGAAGAUUACAUUAUAAAGCAGGGACCAUUUGAUGGGCUAGUUGGUUUUUCCCAGGGUGCAAUAUUGUCGGCUGCGCUGCCGGGGCUACAAGCGAAGGGGUUGGCAUUGACUAAAGUGCCUAAAAUUAAAUUCCUCAUCAUAAUUGGAGGGGCCAAAUUCAAGUCCCCAGCAGUAGCUGACGAUGCCUAUGCUUCUCCCAUUCAAUGCCCGUCCCUUCACUUUUUAGGAGAGACGGACUUCUUGAAGCCAUAUGGACUUGAGCUAUUGGAACACUGUGUAGAACCUACAAUCAUUCAUCAUCCCAAGGGUCAUACAGUCCCUAGGCUUGAUGAAAAGAGUUUAGAGACCAUGAUGAGCUUCAUUGACAAGAUUCAAAAGGCAUUGACUGAGAAAGACCAACAGUAACAAUAAUGCAGUAAUGCAGCAUUUGAAGAUUCAUUCUGGCCAUGCCCCUUAAAUCUUUUUUUUUUCCUUCAAUACGUUGGUGCCAUUUAAAACUACAUUUACUUCCCAUGUUGUGUCAAAUUUAAUUUCAUUAGAACAAUAUAUAGAGUUUUUCUGGAA